CAGCGAGGGGAGGGAUGACAUCAUCUGCAACCUCCCCGAAUGAGGGAGAGAGAGAGGGAGAGAGAGAGGGAAAGCAAGGAAUCUGGUUUCUGGGUGAUGCUAUGAUUGCCUACCCAGCUCAAACGUCCCUUGUUCACCUCUUCCCUCUUUCCUUUCUCUCUCUCUCCCUCCUGCUUUCUCUCUCUCCUUGUCACACAGCACAGCUAAUUAAAUUCUCUUCUCUCUCUCCCCGUUCCCACUCACUAGUGCAAACGCGGAGGUGAGAAAAACAGUGGAAACAGCACACUAACCGCGGCUAAUCACUGAGAAAAUAUGGAGCGGCUCACAAUGCAGAGAAGGCGCACCCUCGCACGUCUUCCCUUGGCCCGGGCUGGACGCAGGCGUCAUCAGUCUCAGACGGACGGAGAGGUUUGCCCUCCUGCACAAUACUGUUGUGACGUCCUAUAACUCGAGGCUGUUUCCUCUGUAGCAGAUUUCACUCCCAUAAUGCAGUGCAGCAAUGUAGUCACGCUGCCAAGAGCACUGUUGCAGUUUCGGAGUAGCCUGCACGCCAUGAUGGACCACAUGCACAGGGACCCUAAAAUGGCUGAGUUGAUGAAUACCUCCCUGGGGAGGUAUCUCAAUAGCCACCCCUUCUUUGCCCUGGCAUUGCUGGUUUUCGGUGCCAUGGCGACAGUACCCAUUGGGCUUUUUCUGGGCUUCGCCAUGAUUACGUUCAUAGGCGCCACCAUUGGCUUCGUACUCUUGGAGGUCUUCCUGCUGUCUCUUGGAGGUGCCACCCUGCUGUGUGUCCUCUGUGGCCUGGCUGUCCUGGCCAUCGCAGUCUCCUCCAUCCUCAGCGCUGUCUACAUCACCACCUCCAACAUACUCAACUUCUACUACAGCCAACGACUGUUGGAGAAGAGGGACCCAGUGAAAAGCAAAGGGUUACAGAAGCAGUAAGGCCACAGAGGCUACCCACAGGAGGGGCUCACAGGGGACUCCUGUACCCCAGCACCGCUACCCCAGUUCCACUCCACAGCUGCGGCAGCCUGAUGGCUAUCCAGUGUUUACCCAUCAUGAGAUUUGAAACCAUUUGUUAAAUGGGACAUCUGAAAUCAUCUGCAGUUUAACAGAUAUCUGAUAUCUGAUGUUUAACAGUAUAUCUGAAAUCGUCUGCUAAUUAACCUGAGAUCUGACAUCAUCUGCCGUUUAACAUGAUACUUGACAUCAUCUGGCUCUCGGUAUCUGUUCUGGCUGGCUCUGUUUUAUUUGCACCCAUUUCAUCUAUGAUAAUGAGCAUUUUGCACUUAAUUUCCAGUAUGUUUAUUAAUGGUGUAAUUCAGUGAUUGUAAUUUUUUUCUGAUAUAAUAACUCAACUGGAGACAGGG